CAUGAUUUAAUUUUUCGUUUAAAAAAUGAAUCAUCUUCAUUAGCGAAAGCAGAACUAGUAAACAAUAUUUUCAGAUAAAAAGGAAAUCAUGUUUAAUAAUUUUUUCGGAAAACAACCAACGGUUAAGGAGCAACAGCGUGAAAAUGAUCGGAACCUACGUAAGGCUGGCCGAGAAAUCGAAAGAGAACGCCGCAAGCUCGAAGAUGAAGAGAAAAAACUAGAAAUGGAAAUCCGCAAAAAUGCCCAGGCUGGUAAUAAUGAUGUGUGUAAAAUUUUGGCCAAACAGUUGAUAGAAAUAAGGAAGCAAAAAAGUCGUACAUUUGCUGCAAACAGUAAGAUAACGUCUGUUGGUUUCCAAAACAAAGCAAUCGGCUCGAAUAUUGCUUUGGCCGAUGCUAUGAGUACUACUUCGAAGACCAUGGCCGAUAUGAACAAAGUAAUGAGACCAGAAGCUAUAGCCGCUAGCAUGCGAAACUUCCAACAGGCUAACAUGAAGAUGGAAAUGACUGAUGAAAUGAUAAACGACACUUUGGAUGAUAUGCUGACGGAAUCCGGUGAUGAGGACGAAAGCAAUGCCGUUGUUAACAAGGUGCUCGAUGAGAUUGGUAUCGAAAUCUCUGGAAAGAUGGCAAACAUUCCAUCGGCAGGCGAUGAGCUUGAAUCGAAUAAGACAUCAGAGAAAGACAUAGCAUCUCAGUUAGCUAAGCUCAGAUCUACAUAAAUUUUGAAUUGGGCUUUUCUUUUUGUUACUUUUUAAUGUUGUUUCGUUUGUAUAAGAAAUAUAUAUUCAUGUAAAAAAUGCCUUAUCUUUAUAAAACAAAUAUUUUAUUCAAUUUUAAAUUCCACCACCUUUUCCA